AUGAUGAUCCCAAUAGCUCCGCUAAGGUAUCGAUCACGACCGGGCGGCGACGGCGGCGUUAAGACCCCCUUACAACCCAAAUCAGUAAACUCACAGAACUCAAUUGAUCGACUCGUGAGGCCAUUUAAAUGUCCGGGGACCGCGACACCAACGCGGGCAUCUGAGAAGCCCUCGAGGAAGAAGCGAAAGGUCAAUUACGCCAAUGCUGAUGGAAGCGUCGAAGAUGGCGAAAAGCCAUAUUCAAACGAGGACAGACUCGCUCUGGCAACGAGAGAGGUGAACAAGUUUCCCGUUUUCAAACCGAGAGAUAAGGACACGGCAUUCAGGUCCCGAUUUCAGGUCCCGUUGUUGAAUAAAGACACAGACGACUACAACUCUGGGCGGGCUGCUCCGACACUGGGUAUGCGACGAGGCGCAUCAUUUGUAGUCAGGCCGCUCCAUGACCCAAGUGGAGAGUUUGCCAUCGUGUUAUACGACCCAACUGUGGAUGAUGUCGCUCAAGAGCCUGCGCCUAAAAGCUUGGAAGCGCCUACGGAAGAAACACAGAAAAUAGAUGAACCGAUCAUGCACAAAAGUUUGGCCGACAUUUUGGGGCUCAAAAAGGACGUGGAAGAACGACCUAAGGUGCCGGUUGUGAUUGAUCCCAGAUUGUGCAAAGUUCUUCGACCGCAUCAGGUUGAGGGUGUAAAGUUUCUUUAUCGAUGUGUCACUGGUUUGGUCGAUAAGAAUGCGAAUGGGUGCAUCAUGGCAGACGGUAUGGGUCUGGGCAAAACGCUGCAAUGUAUCGCGUUGAUGUGGACUCUUCUCAAACAAUCCUCGGAGGCUGGGAAAACUACAAUUCAGAAAUGUGUGAUUGCAUGCCCGUCUAGUUUGGUCGGCAAUUGGGCUAACGAACUGGUGAAAUGGCUUGGAAAAGAUGCCACAACCCCAUUUGCAAUAGACGGAAAGGCCACCAAGGCAGAGCUAAUAGCUCAAAUCAAGCAGUGGGCCAUCGCAUCCGGACGUGGUAUUGUCAGACCCAUUCUCAUUGUGUCUUAUGAGACACUCCGUAUGUAUGCGGAUACCUUGAACGACACCCCAAUUGGACUUUUACUAUGUGAUGAAGGCCAUCGGUUGAAGAACAAGGACAGUCUGACAUGGACGGCUCUCAAUCAACUUAAUGUUACCCGUCGAGUCAUUCUUUCUGGAACACCCAUCCAGAAUGACUUGUCCGAAUAUUUCGCUCUUCUCCACUUCGCUAACCCGAACGUCCUUGGCUCCCAAAUGGAGUUCCGAAAGAAAUUCGAAUUGCCGAUUCUUAAGGGCCGAGACGCGGAAGGUACAGACGAAGAGAAAAAGCUUGGCGAUGAACGUCUUAAGGAGCUGUCCGGUGUGGUUAACAAAUUCAUUAUCCGCCGAACAAACGAGCUUCUCUCCAAAUACUUGCCCGUCAAGUAUGAGCAUGUUGUAUUCUGCAACAUGUCCCAGUUCCAGCGCGGCCUAUACAACCAUUUUAUCCAGAGUCCAGAGAUCAAGAGUCUUCUCCGUGGAAAGGGCAGUCAGCCAUUGAAGGCAAUUGGACUUUUGAAAAAGCUUUGCAACCAUCCCGAUCUUCUUGAUCUUCAGAAAGACCUGCCAGGGUGCGAGCAUACGGAAGAUGAUGGUGCUUGA